UGUCGUUAGGUCUGAGUGUGAGUUAGAGCUGCAGGACACGUCUGCUUUAAUAGCCCUGAAAGCGAGCUGACUUGGCAGCGAUACUCAGUUAUAUUCGGUGACUCGGUUGCUUGGGCUAAAGGAUGGACUGCCUACGAAUCGUGCUUUGAAAGGAACGCUCAGAUUUAAGAGCGGGAGGUGACUUCUCUUCGCAAACGUUCUGUCAAAGCCCAAACCUGUUGGACCAAAGCGAGCUGUUAUAAUGUUGAACGUGGUGUAGAAAUCAUUCAGUAUGGCUUCUCCAACUCUGCUCAUGCGUGUCGUCGCCUCUGCGUAUUCUGUUGCAGAAAAAGCUGCAACAAUUGUUAGAAAAGUAAUGGCCGGAGGGGAUCUGGGGAUAGUGGAGAAGAGUGGAGCCGAUGACUUGCAGACCAAAGCUGACCGGCUGGUACAAAUGAGCAUUUGUGCUUCAUUGACACGGAAGUUUCCCAAAGCAACAAUCAUAGGAGAAGAAGAUCUACCUCCUGAAGAAGUAAAUGAGGAAUUAAUUGAAGAUGGCUAUUGUGAAGAAAUACUGAAGAAAACUUGUCCUGCUCAGUACACAGGAAUUAAAGAGGAAGAGCUUGUAAUAUGGGUUGAUCCUUUGGAUGGAACCAAAGAGUACACUGAAGGUCUCCUUGACCAUGUCACUGUUCUCAUUGGAAUUGCUUAUGGAGGCAAAGCAAUAGCAGGAGUUAUUAACCAGCCAUAUUACAACUAUGAGACAGGAGCUGAUGCUGUACUGGGCAGAACAAUCUGGGGAGUCCUGGGCAUAGGUGCCUUUGGAUUUCAGCUCACAGAAGUACCAGCUGGAAAACACAUCAUUGUUACCACCCGUUCGCAUGGCAGUACUCUGGUAAACGAAUGCAUCAGUGCCUUGAACCCAGACAGCAUUAUCAGAGUUGGAGGAGCAGGAAACAAGAUCAUUCAACUCAUAGAAGGCAAAGCAUCUGCUUAUGUAUUUGCCAGUCCUGGAUGCAAGAAGUGGGAUACCUGUGCACCUGAAGCUAUUUUACAUGCAGUGGGAGGCAAGAUAACUGAUAUCCAUGGAAACUCUUUUCAAUAUAACAAAGAAGUGAAACACAUGAAUUCAGCUGGGGUCCUUGCCACUUUGAGAAAUUAUGACUAUUAUGCCAGUCGUAUUCCUAAGACAGUUAAACAAUCUCUUGUGCCUUAGAGCACAAAGUGUCUUCACUUGGCCUGGGAAGUCGAGAAGGUGAGGUUGUAGAAAAAUUAAAGAAAGAAGAUAACAGAGUUUGAAAUUGUUUUAUGGAAUCUGAAUCUAAUUCUUACAUUAAGCCAUUCAAUAAUUUCAAAAUUACCUGCAGACUGUCUACUAUUGGAUCAAAUUGUUUUGCUAUGUUUAGCAAAUAAUAUAAUAACUACAUUUCUUCAACUUUAGUUUUCCAUAUUCUUUGGAAAUAGAGUAUUCAUUCCAUGUAACAUGACUGUAGUUAAUGUACUGCUAAACAAUAUAAUUCAAAAGCCAUCUUAGUAUUCAGGGCACAAAUUCAUUUUAACUUAUCUACCAAAUUUUGUUUAGUGUUUUUUCUCAUUUGUACUCCACAAGAUUUUGUUGUGUUAAAUACAGAUGGAGUAGGAACUUAAAUGGAUGGAUGAUCACAUUUAUAAUAAAAGUGGAUGGUUAUGAUUCUUUGAA